AUGAAAAUUAAAGUAUUAUCUCGUAAUCCAAAUGAUUAUCUUCGUGAAACAAAGAAAGAUAUUAGUAAAAUUCAACGAAAUUACGAUACUGAUUUACAUCCAUUUGAAACAUCUCGUGAAUAUAUUCGAUCGUUAAAUGCUGUCAAAUUAGAACGAGUAUUUGCCAAGCCGUUUUUAGGCAGUUUGGAGGGACAUCGAGAUAGUAUACAAUGUCUAAUAAAACAUCGCACACAACUAUCACUUGUUUUAUCUGGAUCGUGUGACGGAGAUAUCAAAAUAUGGAAUUUACCAAAACGUGAAUGUGUGGCAACGAUUCGAGCUCAUAACGGAUUCGUACGUGGUUUAUCAGUUAUACCAGAUGGCAAUGCAUUUUAUUCGGUAGGAAAUGAUAAACUGAUUAAACGAUGGACUUUUGACAAAUAUGAUGAAUCAACAAUGACAAUUGUGGGAAAACAUAUAUUCACAUCAAUUGAUCAUCAUUACAAAAAAUCUGAGUUUGCCACAAGUGGAGAAACUGUCGAAUUAUGGGAUGAAAAUCGUGCACAGCCUACUCAAUCAUUUAAAUGGGGUGUUGAUAGUCAUUCUAGUGUCAAAUUUAAUCCGAUAGAGACCACUGUAUUAGCCAGUUGUGCUGCUGACAGAAGUAUUCUAUUGUAUGAUACAAGGCAAUCUGUUCCAUUGAGAAAGGUUAUUCUUUCAAUGAACAGUAAUACCGUUGCCUGGAAUCCAAUGGAAGCGUUUGUAUUUACAGCCGCAAAUGAAGAUUAUAAUUUAUACAGCUUUGAUAUGCGUAAUUUAAAACAACCGUUUAAUAUUCACAAAGAUCAUGUUGCAGCUGUUAUUGAUAUUGAUUAUUCACCUACGGGAAAAGAGUUUGUUGCAGGAAGUUUUGAUAAAACAAUUCGAAUAUUUCCUGUUGACAAAGGUCAUAGUCGAGAAAUAUAUCAUACGAAACGUAUGCAACAUUUAACAUGUGUUCAGUGGAGUUUAGAUAAUAAAUACAUUAUAUCUGGUUCAGAUGAAAUGUGUCUGAGAUUAUGGAAAGCAAAAGCUAGCGAAAAAUUGGGUGUGAUACGAAAUCGUGAAUCCGAAGCACUCGAAUACAAUGAAGCACUAAAAGAAAAAUUUUCAAAUUUUCCAAAAAUAAAACGUAUAGCGCGACAUCGACAUUUACCACGAUCAGUUUAUUUUGCCAAAAAAGAACAUCAAGUCAUACACGAAAGUCAAAAACGAAAAGAAGCAAAUGCACGUGCCAACAGCAAACCUGGUUCAAUACCAUAUGUAGCCGAACGAGCAAAAUUGGUAGUGGAAGAACUGGAAUAA